AACUGGUCGGCGCACCACGUCAUUGGCGCGGCCGGGAAUGGAGGAUAUUUUUAGACGUUGGCCUCUUUCUUUACUCCCAUGCAUGCCGCCCAUUAACCAUUGCACUUCUGCUAGGUCUCCUUGAUCGUGUGUGACAUUGGAUUCAACGGGAGAUGAGAGCGAAAGGGAGACAGCAACUCUUUUCUUCUUCAUCUCUUUCUCUUUUUUUCUCAUCAUCUUUUUGCCUGUGUUGCAACGAUCUUCUCCCACAUCCGCCCCAGGCCGAAUCCCAAUCCAGCCCACGAGAGCAUUCGUCUUCGAAGUGGCCGACAGAGGGUCAUCGCCUUUCUGCUUCUCUUGCUUACCGUAUCCGCCCCGUAGUGCUAGGGAGCAGAGAGAAGAAAGGACGAGAGAAUAGAAUAGAACGCAGAACAGAUUGAUCAAACCAUGCCGCACGUGCAACUCAAGAUCGAAGACGAAGCCGCACCAGACUUCGCGCCUGGCGUGGUUGAGAUUCUCAACUCAGCCUUCGCACCGGAGAAUCCGACACCGGCCCGCGAAGCCGCCCAGGCCAUCGACGCUCUCUGCAUCGAGGAUUAUGAGAAGAACGGCACGGCAAGCUCGACCCUGUGGUGGUUCUGGGAUCUCAUUCACGACCUGGCUCGCCAGGUCCCCUACGACAGCCCCGAGCAGGACCGGCUAGCGGCGGUCAUCCAGGCGCUGCACGACCUGCCGCCGAAGACGGUGAACCUGGGCGAGGACUGGGGCCUCGGCAGCCAGAACCCCGUCGAGAUAUGGACCAAAUUCCCCAUGUUCGGCAACACGCUCUACGACAAGCUCAACGGCGACAACGACUCGCGGGCGCCCGGGGAGGUGCAGAAGAAAGAGCGCCGCGUCAACAUGCAGGCGUACGCGGCGAGGGUCGCGGGCCUGGGUCUCGUCCCCUUCGAAACGUAUGCGAUCUGGGCGCUCGUCGACGCUCUCGAGGGCACCAUGACGCCGAUCCGGGGCGCGCCGGAUGAGGUGAACGAGGACCCCGCCGCGGUCGAGGACAUCUCGUACAAGGUCAAGGCGGCCGCGAUGUGGAUCAUCCACGGCGGGCACUUGUUGUACGGGCGCGACGAGGAGGUGACUGGCGCGACGGCCGGCCCGCUGUGGAGGCUCCCCAAGAAGGAAGCGAACAAGCUGCGCCGCAAGUUCAGAGGGACCGACGGACUAUGCCCGCUGCGAUGGCAGCUGUGGAAGGAGAGGUUCGCCGUCAUCCGGGACACGGACGCGCUGGACGCGGUGACGCGAAAGCAGGCCGGCGAUGCGUACGCGGCGAUGGACAAGGUCGAGAAGAGCCAGGGGGCAUGAAGCAUGGACGCGAAGAGGAGGAUGGUGCUUUUUAGCAAUUGUUCUUCAUUUAGAUCUGGUAACGAUAACGAGUAACAGGCCGAACCCGCUAAUUCCGCCAUCACGUACCUGUUGUGUAUGUACGGGUGUUGGAGACGAGAGCCCUGGUCAGCUGCUCGAUUUUUUGCACAGGUAUCGCUUAUAGGUACCUGGUGUAGGC